AUGCUUCUGGAGCAAAACUUGAUUAUCGCCGAUAUGCAGAAACACUCUUUGACAUUCUGGUGGCUGGUGGAAUGCUGGCCCCAGGUUUUUAACAAGUUAAUCAGGCGCUACAAAUACCUGGAGAAAGGUUUUGAAGAUGAAGUUAAAAAGCUGCUGCUGUUCUUAAAAGGUUUUUCAGAGUCGGAAAGGAACAAGCUGGCUAUGUUGACUGGUGUUCUUCUGGCUAACGGAACACUUAAUGCAUCCAUCCUCAAUAGCCUUUAUAAUGAGAAUUUGGUUAAAGAAGGGGUUUCAGCAGCUUUUGCUGUAAAGCUCUUUAAAUCGUGGAUAAAUGAAAAAGAUAUCAAUGCAGUAGCUGCAAGUCUUCGGAAAGUCAGCAUGGAUAACAGACUAAUGGAACUUUUUCCUGCCAAUAAACAAAGCGUUGAACACUUCACAAAGUAUUUUACUGAGGCAGGCUUGAAAGAGCUUUCCGAGUAUGUUCGGAAUCAGCAAACCACAGGAGCUCGAAAAGAGCUCCAGAAAGAACUUCAAGAACAGACGUCACGUGGGGAUCCAUUUAAGGAUAUCAUUUUGUAUGUCAAGAGGGAGAUGGAAAAAAACAACAUACCAGAACCAGUUGUCAUUGGAAUAGUCUGGUCAAGUGUAAUGAGCACUGUGGAAUGGAACAAAAAAGACGAGCUUGUAGAAGAGCAAGCCAUCAAGCACUUGAAGCAAUACAGCCCUCUACUUGCUGCCUUUACUACUCAAGGUCAGUCUGAGCUGACUCUGUUGCUGAAGAUUCAGGAGUAUUGUUAUGACAACAUUCAUUUCAUGAAAGCCUUCCAGAAAAUAGUGGUGCUUUUUUAUAAAGCUGAAGUCCUGAGUGAAGAGCCCAUUCUGAACUGGUAUAAAGAUGCACAUGUUGCAAAAGGGAAAAGUGUCUUCCUUGAGCAAAUGAAAAAGUUUGUAGAGUGGCUCAAAAAUGCUGAAGAAGAAUCUGAGUCUGAAGCUGAAGAAGGUGACUGAAUUUUGAAACUACACCCUCAGUAAAGCAAACAGGAGUUGUAGAUAAAAUGUCAUGUCUCAUGUGUCCUGGUUCUUACAUCUUCCUACCUCCCUAUAUCAAGCAUGAUAUAAGGGCUUUCAUGGCAAAUUUUAUUUUAACUGUUUCUAUGGUUACUGAAAAUGUUGGGUUUAGUUUCUACAACCAUGUUUUAAGUAGCUACAGGAGCUAUAGAUUUGAAUCUGAUGUUGCAUUUAUCUUUUCAGUUAUCUUCUACCUCCUGUAUUUUCUACUGUAAUAAUGUAAUUUAAGGCCUUCCACAGUGAACAGUUUACUUUAUUCCCUGGGUUUUCUAUAUAAACAGUUUUCAAGAUAUGAUUUGGUUAAAAACAAUUUGUUAUAAAAAUUCUGUUUGCAAAUUAAACU